AACCCCACUCUCUCAGCUGGGCCCCAGGACAGCGCCGACAUCCCACAAUGCAGCGCGUUCCGCAGGGGUAAAUCGCGCCGCGACCUCAGCUCUUCCUCUUUGGACCAACGUCUCCUCAGCAACAAUGGCUAAGCGCACCAAGAAGGUGGGGAUUGUGGGUAAAUACGGCACGCGUUAUGGCGCUUCGCUCAGGAAGAUGGUGAAGAAGAUUGAGAUCAGCCAGCACGCCAAGUACACCUGCUCCUUCUGUGGCAAGACUAAGAUGAAGAGGAGGGCUGUUGGUAUCUGGCACUGUGGGUCCUGCAUGAAGACUGUUGCUGGAGGUGCAUGGACAUACAACACGACGUCUGCAGUCACAGUGAAGUCGGCCAUCAGGAGACUGAAGGAGCUGAAGGACCAGUAGAGUUACUGGAAGACCAGGCUGUAGUUUAACCCGAGCUGGACGCUGCCUCAUCAAACAUCCACCACAAUAAAAAGCAGUCAAGAGAG